AUGAGCGCUGCCCUCUUCGUCUCGGCUGUCAAGGUGGCGCAGGACCACAGGGCGCUACCCACCUCGAGGAACACAAAGGAGGGAGGCCUCUACUCAAUUCAUCCAUUCUACGGCCGUUUAAACGAAUCUCCCACAGUUUCCCCGCCCCGCAGCGCGAUGAGCUACCAACAACCACCGUACGGUCAGCAGCCGCCCCAAGGAUACGGUGCCCCUCCCCGCAGGGCGCUCCACCUGCCGGAUAUCCUUCGACGUCGCCGAACCCGGGCGCCCAGUAUCAGUACCCGCCCCCGGGCCAACCCCAGGGUCAAGGCUCGUAUCCUCCGCAGCCUCCACAGCAACAGCAGGCAUACGCCGGAUACGGCGCCCCGCCAGCUCAGCAGCAGCCAGGCCAGUACCAAAAUCCUCAGUACCCGCAGAGCGCAGUACGGCCAGCCUCCACAGCAUAACGCGCCUUACGGACAACCUCCACCUCCCCAGGGCCAAUACGGCGCUCCGCCCCCGGCACAGUAUGGCCAACCGCCAGCUGGCUACGGUCAACCUCCCCACCAGGGGUAUCCCCGCAGCAGCACCAGCAACAACAACAACCAUAUCCCCCCCAAGGCCAGCAAUGGCAGCAGCCUCCCCGCAACAACAGCAACCUUACGGAGGCGGAUACGCCGCCGCCGCUCCCCGGCCCAACCAACACCCGCCUCGCAAGGGUACGACCAGGCGCAAAAGUCGUGGGCGCAGCCCGUCAACACGACCAACGACGUCGAGGCCCUGCGCAAGGCGAUGAAGGGCAUGGGAUGCGACGAGAAGGCGCUCAUCCGGGUCUUUGCGAGCCCGCAGUACGCGAACCCGUGGGCGAUGCAGCAGCUCUCGCGGGACUACAACACCCGCUUCAUGCGCAGCCUGGAAGAGGACAUCAAGAGCGAGACGCGCAGCGGGCUCGAGACGGCGCUGCUGGCGGUCCUGCGCGGACCCCUGGCCAACGACGUGUACGUGCUCGACAAGUCGCUCAACCGCAUGGGAACCGACGAGGAGGCCCUCAUGGACGUGAUGCUCUCGCGCUCCAACGCCGACGUGCGCGCCAUCGCGGCCGAGUACAGGCGCGUCAAGGGCAAGGAUCUCAUCGUCGACAUCAAGGAGGACGUGGACGACAACCUCGCCCGCAUGUAUAGCAUGAUCUUGGCGGGAACCCGCGCCGAGGACGCCGCGCCCGUGCUGCCCCACGAGAUCGACCAAAGCAGCAACGCGGCUCAGAUCCACGCCAUCGCCGACGCCUACAGGCGCAAGUACCACCGCGGCCUCGAGGACGUCAUCGAGAAGGAGUUCCGCGGCGACAUGGAGGACUCGUUGCUGCGCAUGCUUUCGACCGGCCAGGAUAGGGCGAGGGCCGAUGCCGUUAGGCUGCGGGAGGCGCUCACCAAGAGGAAGGAUAAGCUCUUCAUCAACCGCGUGGCCAGCCUGUACUGGGAUAGGCCGAGGCUCGAUGCCGCUAAGGAGGCUUAUAGGAAGAGGUAUGGCGUUGCCCUGGCCAAGGAAGUCAAGGACCAGCUCAAGGGUGACUUGGAGGAUGUCAUGCUAGCUCUCUUGGGCGAAAGGUGGUAA